CUCUUAGCAUGACGAGCUGUAAAUAGGCCAACUAGAGCUUGUAUGGAUGCUACUACUAUGGCUCUUACUGCUAUAGUUUCGGUUAAUGUAGAGUCGGUGAAGGCGCUACUAAACAUUUGUAUUUUAUGCUGCAGGAUAUUAUUCUGCGACAACUCUGUCAGAAACUACAUGAGCUAGAUGAACCUGUUUCAUUUUAAACACUCAUUAAGCCCCCCCCCCCCCCCAAAGAAGAAUAAGAUGCCGGUAAUCCUCCAGCAGGAGACGCCACAUACUGUACGCCACCAUUAUACCAAUCUUGAUGCCGAAAUGGCUAUGGAUAUCGACGACCAAGCCCAUAAUACCCACACUCUCGCCGUUCAGAAACCGCAGAUGAUCGAGAUGAAAUCAUUCGUAUACUUCGUGAUGAAGUUGAUACACUCCGCCGGGCUAGACAGGCUAAGCUUACAUUAUUCGGAGGGGGCAGUCAACUCAUUGAGCGACCAUCAGAACUGUUUGAGCGAUCAGAUAGUCGAUCAGCGAUUGAACAUGAGGAAAGGAGAAUCCAACUGGAAGAGCAGUGGGUUCAACGAGAAAAGCAGGAAGUCUGAGAGGAAGAAAAGAGACCCCAUGAACUUGCAAAGACUCACUGGCGAGGUACCUGACGCCUACAAGGCCGGGGUAACUAUUCUGAAUGAGAAAGAGCCUCUUGUUUGAUGCAGACUAUAUCGGCGCGCCCGAGAUAUUGCGCCCCAAUGAUGUCUCUAAAGAGACACUUUUACAAUAAACUACAUACAACACACCUGUACGAUUACUACGCACCCGUACAUUGGACCGCUUGACGCGUG